GUAGGAUUCAGAAUCAGUCGAUGGAUUUGCCUAGCAACGAAGACUAACCUGGUACCUCGACCAAUCGAACGGUCUUACAUCUACCACAACAUACAUCACCACCAGAGUCAAAACAACACCGACACCAUGUCGACCACCAUCACCGAAACCACGCCCCAAAACGGGCACAGCAAUGGCUCAACCUCUAGCAACAACUUCUUCGAGGAGGUGCAUUUCCUCGGCGACAAAGAAGGCCGCGUGGUGAUCCGCUCGCCUCCCAACUUCAACACGCCCGAAGAAGAGCGCGAAUACCAGAAACAGCAUCUGGCCGCGGCCUUUCGCGUCUUCGCCAGACAGGGCUUCGACGAGGGUGUCGCCGGGCACAUCUCCCUCCGUGAUCCCCUUAAUCCCCACCACUUCUGGAUCAACCCGCUCAGCAUGCACUUCUCCAUGAUCCGAGUAUCCGACCUCGUCCUCGUCAACGAAAAAGGCGAAGUCCUCCCCGGCGGCGCGCAACACCCGAUCAACGGCCCCGCCUUCGCCAUCCACAGCGAAAUCCACAAAGCGCGCCCGGACCUAAACGCAGCCUGCCACGCACAUUCCGUAUACGGAAAAGCCUUCUCAUGCUUCGCCCGACCCAUCGAAAUGCUCUACCAGGACGCGCUGCGCUUCUACAACGAUCUAGCCGUGUAUCCACGGUACGGAGGCACCGUCCUCUCCACCGAGGAAGGCGCACGCAUCGCCAAGGCAUUAGGCCCGACGUGUCGGAGCGUGAUCCUGCAAAACCACGGGAUGAUUACCUGUGGCCGGACGGUCGAUGAGGCGGCGUUUUUGUUCAUCGCGUUGGAUCGUUGCUGUCAUGCGCAGAUGAUGGCGAAUGCGGCGGCCGGGCCGGGGUGGGAGAAGGUGUAUAUUAAUCGGGAGGAGGCGGAGAUGACGCAUAAGAAGAGUGGGAAUUCGAGUAAGAUGUGGUUGGCGUUUCAGCCGUAUUAUGAUCAGGUGGUGAGGGAGGAUCCGUCGGUGUUGGAGUGAUACAGUGGGUUCU